GCGCUGCCGGGGCCGCCCGCCGCGAGCAGGCCAGCGGCCCUGGCGGCGCCGCCGUGCAAGCUACCCGGCUCCGCGGCGUCACCAGGCGCCGCCCCGCUGCUCUCGUCCAACUUGCAGUGCGAGGGCGACGGGUGCUGCUGGAAGACGGCGCAGGCCCGCUGCAGGAGGAAGCGGCAGGCGUCGUGCAAUUUCUGCCCGCAGCGCGCGCAGAUGGCGAAGAGCUCCAAGGUCCUCGAGGCAAUAUUGGCGGGCAUCAGCUCCAUGUGCAACUCUGACUGGGAGGCCCUGCAGUUGAACAUGGCCAAGGCGCUCUCCCUGAACGAGCAG